UUUACGAGACACACAUUUCUUACAUUUUUCUUUUGUUUUUUUUUCAUCAAUUCAAAUAAAUAUAAACAUGAAAUUACUUUAUGCUAAGUUAUUAUUACAUCAAUUACUUUAUGCUAAGUUACUCCGGUGAUUGGAGCCCUCAUCGGAGUUUUGACAUACAGUUCAACUAGCCUCAAAACCAGGCCUUGCCCAGUUGCCCUUCUCCACUUUCCCCUUCGGUUUCUUCACUUUUACGUUAAAUCAUCUCAAAACCUAAUAUCUAAUUAUGCAAAUAAACACUUUUUACCCUACGCUGAAUGUAGCCCACUGGGCCUUGAUAGAGAUUAGAGACCACUGGGCUUUGGAUUUUCCCAGACCAAAUUGAAAAAAAUGGAAAUAACACAGAAGUGUGAAAAAAGGAAAUAACAAAGAAGAAUAAAAAAAAAAGGAAAUAACAUGAGAAAAAAGGAAACUUUGAAUCUUCAAAACACAUAAGAAGAUGAGUUUAUAAAUAGUCUCUUGUGCCUCCUCUCCUCUCUAAUCGUUUUAGUUUCAAAAUCACAAAGACACAAACCACGGAGAAAAAAAAAACAGAGAGGAAGAAACACGAGUUAUAGAGUGUUGAUGCGCGAUUUCUCUAAAAUUUUGAUUCUCUUAUUCGAUUUCUGAUUUCUUUAUCUCUAUUCUCUACUAUUUCAUCUUUGAUUUCUUCGAAUUCCAUGGAUUUGCCCUCAUCUCUGGCUCCAACUUGUUCGACGCUUGGUUUGUUUUUUCGCCAACCAGAUCGGUGAUGGAUGGAAGAUGAUGGUGACUCUUCUACGACCACGAUGAAUGCUUCGCUUACAGAAAUCAGCGACGGAGAGAGAAGACUAUGAGAGGAGGACAUUAAAGGAUUCUUUGAUUCCCAGUGAUAAGGAAUGGAGGAGAAGGAAAGCAUUGGACUGCACAACAAAGAAAAGUGUUUCCAGCCCAUAAAGAACUCGGAGGCCCAUGAACAAAGGAGUACCCACAGAUGGUAGAAAUGGAGGUUGUUGAGAGGAAACGAUCCAGAGGAGGUUUUCUAAAUAUGUUUGAUUGGCCUGGUAAAUCCCGGAAGAAGCUCUUCUCCUCUAACAGCAGCUCGAAACUCUCCGAAGCAUCAAAGCAAGAAAAACAAAAUGCUCAAAACCCCUCAAAGUCAUGGCCCUCUCCGAUUGAGGGGGAUGAGAUUGGAAAGAAUUCAACUUACAAUCCGAGAAGUGACUCGAGUUGUUCUACAUCCACUGCCACUAGUGAUGAUGGACAAGGGUCCAAAGCUCCGAGUGUGAUUGCGAGGCUCAUGGGUUUAGAGUCUCUACCUGUACCUAAUGCCUUGGAGCCCCGGUCUAAUCCUGAUUUUGAUCCAUACUUCCUCAGAUCCUCACGCAAGACAAGCACAUGGGAUGCAUAUGAGAAUUUGGGUUAUGUAAAUCUCUGCAGUGACUAUGAUGGUAUUUCUUGGGACCAUUUGGAUUCAAGAAUGAAUAAAGAGUGUAACCGGCCUAUCGACCGCUUUCAAACCGAAACGUUACCUCCAAGGUCGGCUAAACCAAUCCCUGUCACUCACAAUAGGCUCUUGUCUCCUAUCCGAAGUCCUGGAUUUGUUCAGUCCAGGAACCCUGCUUCUGUAAUGGAAGCAGCUUCGAGAAUGAUUGAACCAAGUCCUCGGAUAGUUGCUAAAACACGGUUUUCAUCAUCUGAUUCCUCUUCAUCACUUCCAAUGAGGAUCAGAGAUUUGAAAGAGAAACUAGAAGCUUCACAGAAAGGACAAAGUCCUCAAGUCUCUAAUGGUACCUGCAACAAUAAGUGCUUCAGAGGAAAGCAAGAUGAAAAGAGAACUACAUUAUCACUCAAGACACAAGAGCUAAAUAAGUUAUUGGGAGAAAGCAGGUUUGGUGGUUCGAAGGUUAAAGUGAAGCCGCCCUCUGUAUCUGCACAUGCAAAGGCCAAUACUAUUCACAAGCGGGACAGUUCAAUGCUCUCAAGUGGCAACAGAGACCAAAAGAAGAAGGUGGAAACUAAGAACCGCAUAGUAAGAAAUGGUCUCAAAGAAUCUUCUGCUAGCACUAGGAAAACCGUGGAUAAGCCAAAUAACCAGAAGCAGAACCAAUUUGCUGAAACGUCUGUUUCAAAUCAGAGAGGCAGCAAAGUGAUGAAGAAAGUAAACAAGGUUUUGGUGGAAAGCGGAACUACAACUAAGAAGCCUGGUUUUACAGCAAUAUCAGCGGAAAAGAGCACUGCUUCAUCUUUGUCCCGCAAAAAGAAUCUUCCCCGCAAUAAAAAAUCUGCAAAUGGGGUGCAAGAAGCUGGAGUCAACAGUGAUAAACGGAUGAAAAAGGGUGAGAAGUUGAUAAAAUGUAACAUCACCGUUGAUGGCGGGUUGAAGUCAGGGGACGAUGAUCGAAAGAAGGACAUGGAUGUGAUUUCGUUCACUUUCUCAUCCCCGAUCAAAGGUCUAUCAUCCGAUUCGCGAUCCUCCAUUAAAAAGACUGAUCAAGAUACAGAAUCAGCACUUAGUUUCAAUAAGAUAGACAGUGAUUCUCUAAAUUUUCUGUUGGAGAAAAAGCUCAGAGAGCUAACCUCUAAGAUUGAGUCAUCUUGCAGUAGUCUGACCCAAGAAGAAGAGUCUUCGGGUUCCAUUACAAAGGAUUGGGUGAAUGGGACGAUAUCAUUGCCGUCAGAUGAUCUGGAUAACGGUUUAUCAGAGAGCGAAUCUGUUUCUGACUAUAGUAGUUCAUUCUACAAAAAUAAAAUAUUCCAGGCAGAAGAAGAUCAGGAAGUUGACAGCUUCAGCAAUGACGAAAAUCUCCAAAUUUCCUGCAGCACGAGUUUCUCAAAUUCACGCAAUGAAUAUCUCCAUGGAAUUGAAGAAACCGAACUCUCAGAAUCUGAAGAAGGACAUGACUGGGAGGUCGAGUACAUAACCGAGAUCAUAGCCUCUGGCCAACUGAUGGUUAAAGAAUUCUCCUUGGGGAUGGCUACUGAUAUAUUACCUCUGAGCCUUUUCGAUGAAAUCGAAGGCAAGAGAGAUGCUCGGGGCAAGAUGGAGAGAAAAACACUGUUUGACUUGGUGAAUCAGUGCUUUACACUCAAAUGCGAGCAGAUGUUCAUGGGAAGCUGCAAAGGAGUGUUGUUGGGGAAACAAGACAUUUUUCUUGAAAGAGGAGAGAUUUUGGCAGAAGAAGUGAAGAAAGAGGUUCAAGGAUUGAAGAAGAUGAGAGAGAUGAUGAUGAUGGAUGAGCUAGUUGACAAUGACAUGAGUAGUUGUGAAGGGAAAUGGCUUGAUUACAAAAGAGAGACGUACGAAGAAGGAGUUGAGAUUGAAGAAGAGAUUGUGUCCGAAUUAGUUGAUGACUUAGUUAAUGAUCUUAUCAUGUGUUUUUGACAACAACCCCUUGGUCUUCUUCUCUCCAACAUCAGAGUGAAAUUGUUUUCUCUAGGAUUAUCUGUUAAAAACAAGAUUAGGCUCGACUACAUUCCCUCACAGUGUAAUUUUAUAGAGCAUUCCUUUUUGAUCUCUGAAA